AGUUUCCAGUGAUGUCAAUUUUUCCGUAGGACAAGUAAGCGAGCUUGUCGAAGGACUGCUCGCGAGCAGCACAAUUUUACUCCAUGAAUCCCGUCAUGAGGAGGGGAGUCAGGGCCUUGGCAGAGCAAGGCAGCCGCCUCUUCGACCAGAACUCGAGGAUCGUCCAGCUGGGUCGGUCGGCCCGGGUCGAGGAAGCCGUCGACGUCUUCUCCAACAUGACCCAGAAGAACACCGUGACGUACAACUCCAUGAUCUCCGUGUACGCCAAGAACGGCAGAAUUCACGAUGCCCGGAAGCUGUUCGACGGAAUGCCGCACCGGAACUUGGUUUCUUGGAACACCAUGAUUGCCGGGUACCUGCAUGAUGGUCGGACCGAGGAGGCUUAUGGGCUGUUCGAGAAAAUGCGUAGAAGGAAUCGUCACACGUGGGCUUUGGUCAUAACGUGCUUGACACGGAGCGGGCAGCUCGAGAGAGCGAGGGAGGUGUUUGAUGUGGUUCCUGAUAAGGAAGAUGUGGUUUUGUGGAAUGCCAUGAUUGCAGGCUAUGCGAAGAAGGGAAAAUUCGAUGAGGCUAGGCUGCUUUUUGAUGAGAUGCCGGUUAAGAAUUUGGUUUCAUGGAAUUCGAUGCUUGCAGGGUAUACGAAGAAUCAGGAAAUGCGUUUGGCAUUGCGAUUUUUUGAUGAGAUGGUGGAGGACAUCGUGUCGUGGAAUUUAAUGCUGGAUGGAUUUGUUCGGCUGGGUGACAUGGACUCUGCUUGGGACUUCUUUAGAAGGAUUCCAGACCCGAAUGUUGUUUCUUGGGUGACUAUUUUAUGUGGGUUGAUGCAAAAUGGAAGGGUUCUGGAGGCCAGGAAACUCUUUGAUGAGAUGCCUAGUAGGAAUACGGUUUCAUGGAAUGCAAUGAUUGCAGGGUAUGUUGAUAACUGUCGAAUGGAUGAGGCCAUGAGCCUAUUUAUGGAAAUGCCAGACAGGGACUCUGUGUCAUGGACUACUGUGAUUAAUGGAUAUGUUCGCAUUGGUAAUCUUGACAAAGCAAGAAACCUUUUAGAAGAAAUGCCCUUCAAGAAUGUUGCAGCCCAAACGGCAAUGAUACGUGGAUAUGUGGAAAGUCGGAGAAUGGAUGAGGCUACUCAACUAUUCCAUCAGAUUGAAACCCGUGAUGUUGUUUGUUGGAAUAGCAUGAUUGCAGGAUAUGCUCAAGUUGGAAGGAUGGAUGAAGCCUUGGACCUGUUCAAUCAAAUGUCAAUGAAAGAUGCAGUGACUUGGAAUACCAUGAUUACAGGUUAUGCUCAGGCUAGACAAAUGGAUGAUGCAUUUGCAAUGUUUAAGGAGAUGAAAGAGAAAAACAUAGUUUCAUGGAAUUCUUUGAUAAAAGGUUUCCUUCAAAACAAUUCAUAUUUGGAUGCUCUGAAGAGUUUCGUGUGUAUGUGUAAGACCGCAAUAAAACCUGAUCAUUCAACCUUUGCAUGUGGACUCAGUGCUUGUGCCCAUCUUGCUGCAGUACAGAUGGGGAAGCAACUUCACCAACUUGUAAUAAAAAGUGGUUAUGUUGGAGAUGUGUUUGUUUGCAAUUCCUUGAUCACCUUGUAUUCUAAAUGUGGACAUAUGAUGUUCGCUCAACUGGUAUUUGAAACUAUGGACAAUCCUGAUGUUAUCUCUUGGAAUUCCCUGAUCACUGGAUAUGCUUGGAAUGGUCAUGGAAAUGAGGCUGUUGCACUUUUUGAACAGAUGCUUCUGGAAGGGGUUACUCCCGAUGAGGUGACCUUCGUUGGAGUUUUGUCUGCUUGCAGUCAUGGUGGCCUGAUUGAUCAAGGAACAAAAUACUUCAGAAAAAUGACGGAAAUGUUCGCCAUCAAACCUCUAGCUGAACACUAUUCUUGCAUGGUGGAUUUGUUCUCAAGAGCAGGAAAAUGUGAAGAAGCAUUUGAAAUAGCUUGUGAUACAAACACUAAAGAAAAUGCUGGAUUGUGGGGUGCACUACUCGGUGCUUGUCGGAAGCACCAGAAUCUAAGAAUUGCCAAAUUAGCAGCUGAGAAGCUCUUAGAACUUGAAUCCAAUAAAACCUCAAACUAUGUACUCACAUCCAGCAUUAACGCCGAGGUAGGCAAUUGGGAUGAAGCGGAGAAAGCAAGGAUAUCAAUAAUGGGGAGUGGAGCAGAAAAGCAAGCUGGCUGUAGCUGGAUUGAAUUGGGAAAUCAGGUUUAUAUAUUUGUAUCCAAUGAUCAAGCGCUGCCCAAACCACAAGAGAUCUACACAACAUUGAACUCUUUAGCUGCAAAGAGUUUUGUCUCAUGCAUGGCAUAAAAACCAGAUUGUACAUAUGCGAGUUGACAUCUGUUUUUCUGCUGUUGAGAAGCCUUCCAUUUUGUGUAAAUUCUUCAGAGGGGUUUAUGGUGCAAAUUUUCUUCACAUGCUUCAAGAAGAAAAGAUUUUGUUGUUCAAUAUAUCUGAGGGGGCAAUAGGAGUUGGAUACAAUUUUGGCUUGACACUUGUGGAGACUAAAUUCUUAAAUAUUGGUUUCCUGACCUUUUUGACAUCGCCAGAAACAAGGAGGGGCCAUGGACUCUGAUUCUGGGGAAAAUCUGUCCCAAAUCGUUAUCCUUAAGAUGGCCUGAGCUUUGUCUUAUCUGUCAUACUUCUAAGAUGAGGUUUAAAGGGUGCAAGGAGACAUUGUGCAUUAGAAGACAUGCAUCCAAGCUUCUUACAGGAUCUGAAGCAUCGUUUUGCAGGUUGCUGUCUUGGGGACCUAGAUUGCAAAUGACUGGCAGAGGAAGCUAUUCAAGGUUCAGGAAAUUCAUUUAAAUAGGCUGAGCCAUGGGGUUGGGGUGCAGAGUUGUGCUGAUGUGAGCUGCUAUGUUGGGAAAUUCAAGUCUGGAGUCAAGCAUGGACUUGGGUGUUCCUAUUUCAGGAAUGGAGACAAGUAUGCUGGAGAAUGUUUUGGCGUUGGUAUUCAUGAAUUCAGUGUCUACCAUUUUUCCAAUGGCCACCGUCACGAGGUUCUUGGAAUGAUGGUUCAAAGCAAGGCUAUGGAAUGGACACUUUACAAAAUGGCGAUUCAAAUUGCGGUGAACAGGACUCUGGUUCCCUCAACAAGUCUUUACCCCCGCUAGCUGACACAGUUCUUCAAGCGAAUUUAGGUACUUGAGCUUUCAGCCCUCAUUUCUGUUCAACGCUGAUUACUAGAUUCAUGUGAAAUUUAUGGUAGAAUUGGCAGUUGGAUAUCUGAGCUGAUAACUGAUGAGUUUUGUUGAAUCUUUUUUAUCCUUUUUGGCAAGGGCCUUAAAGGGAUCUUAUCUCUUUUAGUAUUGCCCUAAAGGGAUCCUAUAUCUUUUAGUAUUCUGUUGCCUCAUUCUAUGUUUUGUUAAUUCCCAAUUUGCAUUGAUGUUUGACACACUUUCUUGCCUUCUAAACGCAGGCUGCAAGGAAGGGCAGCUGAAAAUGCAAUUCAUCUUUGCUGAGUCAAUGAAGGGGCUGGAGUAGAGCUGCAACUGCAGCUAGAA